AUGAGCACUAAGAGAGGGGGGCCCAAAGCUGCCGCAGGGAAGGGGCAGGCGUCCCUCCCUGGGUCCAAGCUUCGAGCUGCUGCUGGGAAGCCGAGGGAGAAUCGCCAGCUGCAAAGGAAGGCAAGUCAUCCAAGCAAAGGGUCCUUCUCCGAGAAGCCCCAGGCCCCUGCAGAGCCAACCGCAGAGGACAAAGCCGCCACUGUCAUCCAGUGUGCCUUCCGUCAACAUCUGGCGCGAAGGGAGCUGGCCCGUCGUUGUCAGGAGCGGCAGGAGUAUCUGGAUGAGAUGGAGAAGCUGCAGAAAGAGGCCUACCUGGCCGUGGUGCGCCGGGAGCAGGAGGCGGCUCGGCGGCAGCGCGAGAAGGAGGAGGCGGAGGAGCGCGCACGGCGGGAGGAGCUGCAGCGCCGCCGUCGCCUGUUGGAGGCCGCUUUUGAAGGGGACGUGGGCGAGAUCCGCCAGGUGCUCAAGGAGGUGGAGCAGCUGAUGACCCGCGAAGGCGUGGGCUACGACGAUGAAGGCAAGGCUCGGCGGCUGCAGAGGCGCGUGGCCAUGGUGGAGUGCGAGGACAGCCACGGGAACACGCCUCUCUCCGAGGCGGCGGCGGGCGGGCAGGCCACGGCCAUCCAGCUGCUGGCGGAGCUGGGUGCCAACCCCAACACCAAGGGCGCCUUUGGCCGCACGCCACUCUACCGGGCAGCUUUUGGGGGCCACCUGGAAGCCGUGGAGGUGCUUCUGAAGAUCGGAGCAGACCCCCGGGUGUACGCGGAUGACGGGAGCACUCCGGAGCAGGUGGCCUCGCUGGCCGCGGUGGUCAGCGUGCUGCAGUCCUGGGACCUGAGCCUCACAGAAGUGAUGCUCCAGAACAUGGAGGCAGAGCAGCAACGCCGUGCUCAGGAGGCCCAAAGGCAUAAGGAGAAUGAGGCCAAGCGCCUCAACAUCAAGGUGCAGCAGCUGGCUAAGGAGCAGCAGAGGUGUCACAAGGAGCUCCAGCAGGCCUACUGUGAGCUCAACCGGAGGAUCAUGGAACACGACAAGUGCGAGAGGAAGUGUAUGGACAAGACUCAACUUACACUAGAGGCUAUCAAGGAUGCUGAGGCCCAUGUGGACAGGUUGCGGCAAGAGGCACAGAAGGCUGAGGAGACACUGGCCAUGGCCAGGCUGGAGCUGCGGGAACAGACCCCGGAGGACGAGGAGAUGACAGAACCUGGGCUGAAGUGCCGGGUGACGGAGCUUCAUGACGUGCUGAUGAAGGAUGUAGGUGACCGCAUCCGUGCCGAUGGACGGUGGCCUCUUGUCAUCGACCCUUCUGGCCAGGCAGCCACUUUCUUGCGAUACCAGGAUACCAACUAUGUGGACACCCUAAAUCCGGAGCACUUGAGGCCUGAGAGGAUUCGGCUGGCUCUCCUGGGAGCACUCAGGUACGGGAAGCCACUGGUGUUUGACCUGCGUGAAGUGGACCUGUUCCCAGUGGUACAGCAGCAGCUGGAGGCAGUGCAGCCUGGCCUGGCUCAGGCUCUGUUGAAUCGUGGGCUGCUGGCAAAGGAAGGGUAUCUGUCACUGCUUCGGCCAACAGAUGGACCCGAGUAUGACCCCUCCCAGUUCCAAGACGCUCGCCUAGAGAACUUCCGCGUCUUCUUUGUCACCAAAGUUCAGUGGCCACCAGCUGACCAGCUGCACACCCUGCUCCCAGUGCGUGUGCAGCUGCCCAGUGGGGGACUCUAG